AGGUACAUGAUAUUGCUAACAUAUGUCUUUGAAGAGCAGAGGACAUGGAUGCUCAGUUUGAAACCAUUGAAGCACGAUUGCAAUCUUUCCUUAGUCAAUUCCAGUCAGACUUAGGUGUUCUUGAUAGAAUUGUACACAAAAAUAAAAACCAGCAUCGCAGAAGCUCAUAUUUUCAGUACUUGUUAAAGGUGAGAAAAGAUUGUAAGCUUCUUCAAUCAACUAACUUGGAGGAAAUUGUUAACUCCUCCUUUCUUGUCAUCAAUGGGAAUCGACCUAAGCAAAAAGUUCAGCUCUUGGAAAGUUUAAAGAGAAGAAAAUGUGAUAGUGUCAAACAUAAUUUUAUGGUUCGGCUUCAGGGUGUUGCACGUUUACUUUCACAGAUGGUUGAGCCAAUGGUGAAGGCAGCUAUAGAGAUAUCUACUUUGCUUGCUCGAUCCUUUUUUAUAGGAUUCUCCAUGACUGUGUUGGCUAUACUUGCACGCCUUCGAGUUUUAACUCAACAAAUAUUACUCGAUGUUGUUUUAGUCUUCAACAUGGUUUCUUCUCUCUCACAAAAGCAGCAGCCUGUUAAACUUAACCAAGAAGGAAUUGAGGUCUUUAGGGAAUAUUACCCGAAAACUGAGCAAGAAGUUGUGUUUUUGGAAUGUGUGUGGGAAACCGAUAAAUUUGUUUUAGUUGAGAGGAAGAGUGAAUUGGAUAACAAAAAUCCAGAGGCAACAAAUGUUGAUGUCAUAUGUGAAGGUUUAUCAACAGUGGAAUACCAAAGCAUUGAAACUAUUCUUGGAGCCCAAAAACCGGUGGAUAUAGCAGCAGACAAUCCUUCUGUAGAAGACCCUGCCACCAUUAAAGCGAAAAAUCUCUCUUCGGUAGAGAAUCUUCUUACUCAUGAUUGCAAACAAGAUAACGAUCAAAAUGCUGAAAAAGAUCAUUCAGAUCCUUCAAGCAAGAACAAAGAACAAGAACAAGAACAAAUUACAAGUUUGGGUUUGGGAGAAUUUGCGAAACUUGUAGACCGGUUUCCAGGUAGGGGUGCUGCUGGUGCUUCAGACCCAUCACCAUCUCUGCCACAUCUCGAUGGUGUCGAUGUCGGUGCAAGUGCCACUGGUGCUUCAAAUGACAGUCCAACUCCCCAUUUGCCUCUUGUUUCAAGUACACGAGGUCCAGUGGGACUAACGCAAUCAAUGUUAGUCUUAAUCCAUUAA